GCCGGGAGCCCGGAGCCCCGGAGCGGCCAUGCGGGCUCUGUGGGCGCUGUGCUUAGCCGGGCUGGCCGCUGCCCUCGGCAGCUUCUCGGCGGAUCAGUGCAGCUGGAGGGGGAGCGGCUUGUCACAGGAGGUUGGCAGCGUGGAGCAGCUCACCCUGCGCUGCGCCGAGGGCUCCCUGGAGUGGCUGUACCCCACAGGGGCUCUCCGCCUCCGCCUGGCCCCUCGCCUGCCCCCCGCCACCACCUCCGAUGGCCGCGACCCCCGACACGUCACCGCCUGCCUUCAGCCAGCCGGCACCUUCCGGGGUGCUCAGCUCUACCUGGAGCGGGAUGGGGAGCUGGAGCUGCUGCUGCCUGAAGCAGAGGUGGCCCCGCGGCCCCGUGUGAGGUGUUUCAGCUGGCCACCCCAUGAGCAGGUGGCCCUGUUCCUGCAGGCCACCCCGCAGCGUGACAUCAGCCGCCGCAUCGCUGCCUUCCGCUAUGAGCUGCGGGGGGAUUGGCUCGCCAGGCCCGCUUUGCCUGCUGAAGGGCUGUGCCGGCCGUGCAACGACACCGAGCUCCUGAUGGCCAUUUGCACUAGUGACUUUGUGGUCCGCGGUUCCAUCCACAGCGUCUCCAACGACGCAGAGCUGCAGGAAUCCGUCAUCGGGGUGAGCGCCGUCCGCAUCCACCGCCAGAAAUUCCCCCUCUUCCAAACUGGAGGGCGGCCGGGGCGGGCGGCAGGCAGCAUCCGCACCCCUCUGCGCUGCGGUGUGCGGCCGGGGCCCGGCACCUUCCUCUUCACGGGGUGGCUGCACUUUGGUGAGGCAUGGCUCAGCUGCGCUCCCCGCUACAAGGACUUCCAGCGCAUCUACGAGGGCGCCCGGCGCAGGAAGCAAAACCCCUGCGAGUUCCCUGUGGACUGAGCGGCUCGGGGUGGGCAGCCCCCAGCUUGGGAGCAUCCCUGCUCGAGAGACACUGGAAAAUGUGUUUAUCUCAGCCACCUCCCGCUGCCCUGGGAUGCUGGGGGCAUCGCCACAAGGAAGGGGCUGCAUGCUGUCUGCAGGGACAGGCACGUAGGGACGUGGGAGCACGGUGGGUGGGGACAGCCCUGUGAAAAUCCUGCAGGAUAGGAUGGGAUUUUCCCAGUGUGUGACCCUGGGGGGUUGCAGAAGGGUGCUCUGGGCUGGGGGUCCUGGGGG